AUGGGCGCGACUGUCGCUGACGAGGACUUCACGGGGCCGCACGCGAAUGGCUGUCACAGCGGAUUCACGAAGUUCGCUUCGACGGGUGCACAGUCUGCAAAAGAAGAACAACGUUGUUCAGACUGUGCACCGCUGAGGAAAAACCAUCACAACCGGAUGCAGGGAAGAUACCAUCCGGGCACCACAUGCAGAACAGCGCACACUCCUCAGGAGCCAAAGUAUUGGCCUGGAAAGAAACGCUGUGCACCGCUGAGGAAAAACCAUCAUGGCCGGAUGCAGGGAAGAUACCAUCCGUGCACCACAUGCAGAACAGCGCACACUCCUCAGGAACCAAAGUGUUGGCCUGGAAAGAAACGCGAGUACGGAUGUCUUGCUGUGUGUUUAGUGGAAGUAAAAUCUGGCUAGCGGAAAGAUGCAGGAGAUGCAAAGGUACAAUGCGGAAGCGCUAUUUCAAAAAAAAAAAAGGAAGAAACUAACGUCUUACCUAUAUAGUGACACUCCCGAUUAUUCGGUUGGGGCACAUCUACGGUUACGACUUUAUUCGAUCGUGUCACCUUACCUAGUGCGAAUCAGUGGGUCUGAUGAACCAAGUCUACUGAGGAAGGGCAGACCAUGGGCACAAGUGAGAAAGUAAUGAGGACCAAACAAACCAAGAAUAAAUUCCACUGUCAGGAACGCGCCUGCAACGAUUACGCUGCCAUUCGCACUAUAUCCACGCCAACGAAAAAACAGUGUUGAUAGAUAGCUGACAGGCAUUUGGCAGUGACGCAACGGAAUACCCGCACUAAAGUGUUCCGUCACGAAAUGUCUUCCACAUUCAUAUUUGCAGCUGCUUCUACAAAUAAUUUGCGUUAGUUUGGUUUCAGAGCGCUGCUCUUAGGCGCCACUUCCGGUAUUGAGCGUCACGCAAUACCGUCACAAGUCGCGCCCCAAUUCGCUAGUCAAUAUGUCGCGAAAUUGUAUUGUAUUGUAUUGGGUUUUAUGACGCAUAAGCAACUAAGGCUAUCAUGCGCCAAACACAUGGUAUAAUAUAUUUAAAAAAUUGGGUAUCCUCAGCGAAGGUCCUUGUCCGGACAAGGACUCUGAGGAG